AUGUCAGCUGGAUCAACAACUGCCAUGGAGAGCGCAGGCACUGGUAAUCCAGAAAAGGACAUUGUCGUUUUCGGGGGACUUUUUCAGACGAUCAUCAACGAUUUGAGGAGUAGCUCUCCAAUAUUGGAGGAAUUUACGUACAAGUCAGUAAAGCUGCAUGCAUCCUUGAAAACCACAGUUGUGGCUGUGGGGGCUUUCCUUGAAGCCUUCCAGAAAGUGGCUGAUAUGGCUACCAGCUCUAAAGGUGCCACCCGCGAGAUUGGCUCAGCCCUCACCCGACUGUGCAUGAGGCAUCGUAGCAUCGAAACUCACCUGAAGGCGCUAACCAGUUCUAUACUAGACAACCUGGUGGCGCCUCUGCAGGACAAGCUGGAAGACUGGAAGAAGGCCGUAGUGCAGCUGGACAAGGACCACUCCAAAGAAAGCAAAAAGGCCAAGCAGGAUAUCAAAAAAGCAGCCUCGGAUACCAUACGACUACAGAAGAAAGUCCGCAAAGGAUCAACGCAUGGUGAGUCAACUCCAAGUACCACCAUCUGGAGGAGACUGAGAAAGAGCUCGGUGCGGGCGGCAUUGAUAGAGGAGAGAUCCCGAUUCUGUCUGUUCAUCUCUUGUCUGAAGCCUUUUGUCGACCAAGAGCUGAAACUGCUGACAGAGAUGACCCAUAUCAAUGAGAUCAUGGAGAACCUGUGCAUGCAAGCCAAGGAGCCUGCAGUCCUUCCAGCCUCCAGCGAGCAGGUGAUACUUGACCUCAAAGGGAUCGAUACAACCACUUUCAACUUCACACAGGCUUACCAACAGUCCUCCCCUCCCAGCUCUCCCUCCUCCCUGGGCUCCCGCAAGUCAAGUAUGUGCAGCAUCAACAGCAACAACAGCGGUGGCUCCAGCGGCUCGGCACACUCUCCCAGCCACAACAUCCACAAGCACCACCAUCAUCACACCUAUGCACAGGGUGCAGAUGCUCAAGACCGAGAUGACUGUGACUCCACUCCGACCACACCUUCAGACAACACGCCUAGUGCCAGUUCUACCUGGAAUAACUGGCCCAACCUACCUGGCAACCCCAAAAUGGACCAAGGCAGACCACACACUAUCAGCUCAGCCUACGAGAAAGGUCAUUCUCGACCAGCUCUGAUGCCACACAUGUUUGAGCCACCCAUAGUAGAAACGGUUGAGAUGCGCCCUAAAACAAUUCGAUCCCAGAGUCAGACCAGCACCAGGGAGAGCCGCCCCUCGGCCACAAUCAGCAAACUACAGCCAGUGCUGCCACCUCAUUGUCCGAAGCCGAAAAUCAAGGCAGUCGCACCCCCGAUGCUACCACCAGGUGCCCAGCCUAUCUACGCUAACACCUCUGACCUGGCCAUGAGAGGUUCUCAGCCGGACCUGUCACCCGAUGAUGGGGAGCCCACAACGCCCACCACCCCGGCAAGCACAGCAGCAUCGCUGAGGAUGACUGCUCUUGAGCAGGCUAUGCAACAGAUGGACCUCUGUACUGCCUCCUUGAACUUGGUGUCUGAGGAGCAGAACUCCAACGGCAGUCAGCACACAACUCCUCGCUCGUCUACUGGCGACCUCAGCUGUGAGCAGCCGAUUGUUGUUGCUGCUGUUGCUGCACCGGAA